AUGCAUUCACUCAUCACUCUUGCGACAUUGAUUGUUGCCGCUUCCGCCGCACGCCCGUUCCUCAACGAGCCUAAUACAGGCUUGGAGGAAUAUCUUGGCGCCGGCUUCCCAGUUGGAAAGCUCCCUAACCUCACUGAUAUUCGCGGCAUCCCCGAUUUUGACUUCGCCGCGCGGAACUACCUCAAUGCUUCUAGUUACAGCUUCUACCGCACAGGCGCUGCGGGCGAGUGGUCGUACAGGAACAACCUCGAGGCAUUUAGCAGGGUUCGAUGGAGGCCGCAGGUGCUGAAUGACGUGCAUUCUCUUGCGAGUACUCUACCUGCACCCUUCUUCAUUGCUCCAGCCGCACGUGCUGGGCUCGCAAAUGAUGCCGCUGAGAGCAAUCUCGUCAAGGCUGCCUAUGCAGGCGACAUCCUCUACAUUCCCGCCAUCUACGCCACCCUAAGCAUCGAGCAAAUCGCCGCCGUCAAACCCGUAAACGGUUCCCAAAUCCUCUUCCAGCAACUCUACGCCGCCGCCAACCUCACCGCUGUCCAAAACAGCCUCGACCGCGCUAAAGCAGCUGGCAGCAAAGCUAUCGUCUUCACCAUCGAUGCCCCCGCCACAUCGACCCGCCACCGCGCCGCCCGCUACGGCCUUGGUAACGCGAACUCUGAUACAGCUACCCUGACCUGGGCUCUCUAUGCCCAGCUCCACAAUAUGACUUCACUCCCCAUCAUCCUCAAGGGUACCACCACUGUCGACGACGUCCACAAAGCCAACUCCGUCGGCGCGCCGGCCAUCUAUGUGAGCAACUACGGCGGAGGGCAGCUCGACGGCUCGCCCUCGCCUCUCGAAAUCUGUCUCGAGAUCUACGAGAGCGAUCCGACGUUGUUUCAGAAGACUGAGAUCUACGCAGACAGCGGAGUACGGUAUGGCACGGAUGUACUGAAGCUGCUGUCGCUGGGUGUGAGGGCUGUGGGGCUGGGGCGCCAGUUCUUAUACGCGAAUGCGUAUGGGGUUGCGGGGGUGACGCAUUUGAUUGAGUUGCUGAAAACGGAGAUUGCGGCUGAUACAGCUAAUGCGGGGAUUCAGGAUGUGCGUAAGAUUCAGAAGGAGAGGGUGAAUUGGAACCCGCUUACGACGAAUGGGUUUAGGGGGGAGAAAGAAGGGGUUGGUGCUGGAUGAAGUAGUUUGUGUAUA